CUCACCCUGGGCGGCGACGGGCUGUCUCUCUGGCCGGUGCUGAUGCCACUGUCGCCGCCGGCGCCGGCGCCUGGGAACGGCGGCCGGCCGGAAACCAUGGCGUGGAUGGGGUCCAUGGAGUUGCACUCGUCGUCGAAAAUCGGGGCGGUGACCCAUGGGUCGAGGUCCUGCCAUCCCUUGCCUUGAGCGUUGCCAUCACCGACGCGUCGGCUGGUCUUGCUCUGACGCCGAACCCGAACCCG